CAUUACUGCUCACACAACACCUGGCUCACAUGUUUGUGUGUGUGUAUGUUUCAAAGGAGGUGAUGAAGCCCAUACAGACACAAGGAUAUUUUUAGAGAUAAUGAUCGAAGAAGUGUAAGAACACAGAGAAGAUCAGAAAUUCUGUGAAAUACAUCUAUUUGUUUGGGGUGAAUUAUGGAUGUGCUUGUGCGUGUGGUGUUGAGUGUUGCGAUCCUGACAAGCACACAGAGUCUCAAAGCUUCGUUGUCUGCACCUGUCCCGGCCUUGACCACCGCGUCGCUAAAUGAAGUCAUUGACCCCUUCGUGACCUCAAAGGUCACUGACCUCAAAGAACCUAUAAGGAUGGACCUCUCUCGUUCCCUAUUUGAACCACAAGAUAUCAGGAGCGCUGACACAGACAGAGACAGGCCACAAGGUGCAUCCAGCACCUCCCUUCCUACUCCCAUUUUGACCAUGAACCAAGCAAACACGAAAAUCGCAGACACAGAAGACGCCAAGACAGACGCUACCAUCGUAACAGAUGUCCCUCAACAGUCAAAAAGCAUUGCUAGUCCUGAGACGUUCAAAAGUCCAUCACAAGAUAUCAUACCAUCCCUCGUUCCACUAAGAAGCACCACCAUUACACAAGGAUCAUCCAUCCCUUCAUCUACCAAUCACAGUGAAGGACAUCAAAAUCCUUCUCAAGCCCCAACUCCUGAGACCUUCCCAUCAGUAUCUUUAAUUCCACCUUCCAUUCCAGCUUCUACUCUGAAAGACUCAAUCAAUAGAUCUGCUUCUUUGGAAAACGAGAACCCGGACGAACCAUCUGAACUAGAUGUUGGAGAUGAAGGUAGGUGGAGUCAUAAUCUGUGUGUUGUAACUUAG